ACUCAGCGAGUUGUCACUGAAACGGAUGUUGUUAAGCAUUGUGGUCAAUACUCGUCCGCCAGUCGAAGGCGCAGCGCGUACGGAGAAGGCCGCCGCAAAACAAACCGAUGCUCGCCACCCGAAACCGGCGUGGCUCUCAGCAAACAACACUAUCGCGAACUCGUUACUACACGAUUAAUGAUAAAAACGAAAACAUUACCCGGAAGACGUGCAGUUACUGACAUCGGUCGCACCUCGGCAACGCUUCUCGCUUGUUGUGAUUCGCAUAAACAAUACAGUGACAUUACGUGUGUUAAUCAAAAUAGAUAAAGAUUGUGCGAUUACAUUUAUUUUGGGCAAAUUAAAUCACCUGCAGGCUAAUGUGGGAGUUUAUCAACAACGCCACGACGCUAUCGAGGCCUCGUGUUGGUUGUUGCUGUCAGUACUAGAUUAUAGCAAGUGGCAAUACAUCGUCACGUGGCUGACGGAAGAUGCCGGUAUUUGGCUACGAGAAUAUGUCUACUCAGGAUAUGGGUAUAAUGGGUUUCUCUGGAGCACCUCAAUUCAUGACACCCGCGCAGCAGUUCCACAGUUGGGACAAGCCCCCGACGACUUCUUACCCUGGAUAUUCACAAAGGAGCCCACAGGAAACGACGGACGUUCCGAUGCCACAGAGUGGAGAAGACAGUGACAUCCAACUGGAAACGAGUAGUAGUGAAGCCAGCGCAGGAAGUUCAGUGUCGCUGUCCCAACACUGCGCGAUAUGCGGGGACCGGGCGACCGGCAAGCACUAUGGUGCGUCGUCAUGCGACGGCUGCAAAGGAUUCUUCAGACGGAGCGUCAGAAAAAACCACCUAUACACCUGCAGAUUCAACAGAAAUUGUGUAGUAGAUAAGGACAAAAGAAAUCAAUGCAGAUAUUGUAGGCUAAGGAAAUGCUUCAAGGCCGGCAUGAAAAAAGAAGCUGUUCAAAACGAAAGAGACCGUAUCAAUUGCAGAAGGCCGUCAUACGAAGAGCCCUCACAAGCCAAUGGUCUGUCCGUGGUGUCACUCCUCAACGCUGAGCUUCUAAGCAGAAAAGUUGUCGAUGAGACGAUAAACGUCGGUGAGGCUGAGAUCAACAAUCGAAAACUGGCGAAGAUCAAUGACGUGUGCGAGUCUAUCAAACAGCAGCUGUUAAUUCUUGUUGAAUGGGCGAAAUACAUACCCGCCUUUACAGAGCUCCACUUGGAUGAUCAGGUGGCGCUGCUGCGUGCCCAUGCUGGCGAACACCUGCUGCUGGGAUGCGCGCGUCGCUCACUGCACAUCAAGGAUGUACUAUUGUUGGGGAACAACUGCAUCAUCACCAAACACAAUAUAGACGGUCGUAUGGACAUCGAUAUUAGCAUGAUCGGCGUGCGUGUUAUGGACGAGAUCGUGAAGCCCCUGCGGGAGAUAGACAUCGACGACACUGAGUUCGCCUGCCUCAAGGCCAUCGUGUUCUUCGAUCCCAAUGCCAAAGGACUGUCACAACCACAAAAGAUCAAGCAGCUACGUUACCAAAUACAAAUCAACUUGGAGGAUUACAUAAGUGACCGUCAGUACGACGGGCGCGGCCGCUUCGGCGAGCUUCUGCUGUGUCUGCCGCCGCUACAGAGCAUCACGUGGCAGAUGAUCGAGCAGAUACAAUUCGCCAAGUUGUUCGGAGUCGCACACGUCGACAGUCUACUACAAGAGAUGCUGCUCGGUGGAGCAUCCACAGACGCAAACGCAGAAGAACAGCCCGCAGAAAUGGCGGCCGGUGGGUCCCCUAUGUCAGCGUCGUCGCCUCCACUAGUACCACAACUGCCGCUUCCGGAGCCCGCCUUCCUUGAGCCCGUACCCUUCAAGCAGGAGCCCAACAUGAGUCCCGAUCCCCCAACAGCAAUGAAGAGCGCCGAAUUUAUGUCGUUAUAGUGAAAACAAAGUGACUCAAAACUGUAAUACAUCGGAUUAAUCAACUUUGCGUCCAAAUAUUUAAUAGUAUUAAAAUCAUUUUGUAGCAAAUACAUAUCAGACUAUAGACUGUUUUUAUUCUUCACCAAUUAAAAAUAUAUGAACUAUAUUAACAAUUUCGAAUACUUAAAGAUAAUUUGUUCAUUGACAAAUGACUAUGUUGUAUGCCAUAAUUCCUUAGCAUUUUUGUACCACAUGUAGUACUAGAAAGUAAUUCCAAGUCGUUUCUAAUUUCAAGUUGAAUAUGUUUUGUAUAUUUGUUGUUAUGUAUAAUGAAAAAACUUGUCUUGUAUUGUUCACCGUUUUUAUAGAGGAACAAUGUUUACUGAGGUGCCUAUAUUGGAAAGAUAUUUAUAUAUAUGUACGUAGGUGUAGGUAUAAAUUUGCCAAUUUUACAGUUAUUUAUACAAUGUUAGAAGUAAGUUUUUUAGGAAACUCUUUUUGUAAGUGCAAUGCAAUCACUUCCUGUGGCUGUGUAAAAAGGAAAUCAUGUUUUAGAAAACAUAUCAUUUGCCAACCCAAGAAAUGUAAUGACUUAUUUGUAAUAGAGAAACUAUUUCUAUUGAAUAUGUAAUCAUAAUGAAUAUUUUGUUUGUAAAUAGAUAUAUACACAUAAAUUAUUUUGUCAUUUCUUAAAUUGGGUUUAAUGGUGGUCUUAGAAUUUCGUAGUAGACUAAGUCUCGAAAUUUAGUUACCAAUAGAAAAACGAAUUGCUAUCGUUUUGUAAGGUAUAUUUUUUAUUCAUACGUUUUCGUAUAUUCGAUAUGUAAAAUUUUGGGCAUUUAUCCAAAUUCC